GAUGAACACGUGAAUACCUCACCAACCACAACCUUGUGAGAACCACGUGCCAAACACCUUCACUACCUUCUUGACAACCGUAGAUAUUUCACGAUCAACGAACAAUACAACCCAAAAAUCAUCUCUUUCUCUACACACAACACCAACACCAAAACAUCUUCUACUAUAAACUCCUUAGCCGUCGAAAAUGCUAGCUUAACACCCCCUCCCCGUGAUGCUCACCGGUGUCAUUUCCUCACGUCCGAAACAUUAUCUUGUCGGUUCACAUCUCGCUCACUACGCCUUAGCGGCUCGUCAUCGUCACAUCCAAUCCGAUGCCAGUUUUUCGAUCAAACUACUUCUUCCGUACCAUUCUACAACUGCUACUGGAUUGAAUUACUCUGUUUCUGACGUGUCCGCAUCUGUAUGGCAUGCUAUUCUUCCGGCUGGAAAUAGCCGGGGAAAAUAUAACCUUAGACCGGUUGGUGAAGGCUCGUGGAACGUUGCUUGGGAUGUUCGUCCUGCGCGAUGGCUUCACCGGCCUUAUACGGCUUGGCUUUUGUUCGGUAUAUGCGCUUGCCUCGCUGCGCCGCCUUUAGAGGUUUAUGAUACCGGUUUGGAGCCUCUGGUUGUUGAUGAUAAUAAUAAAGUUAAUAAAAUUAAUGCCAGUUGUAUUGCUGCUGGUUCUGAAAAUUCCAUAAACUAUAAAAUAACAGGGGUUCCGGCAGAUGGGAGAUGUUUAUUUAGAGCGAUAGCGCAUAUGGUAUGCUUGAGAAAUGGAGAGGGGGCUCCUGAUGAGAAUCGACAGAAAGAACUUGCGGAUGAAUUAAGAGCUCAAGUUGUUGAUGAGCUCUUAACGCGACGAAAGGAGAUUGAAUGGUUUAUCGAGGAAGAUUUCGAUGCGUAUGUGAAAAUGAUUGAGAAACCUUAUGUAUGGGGAGGAGAACCCGAGUUGUUAAUGGCUUCUCAUGUCCUCAAGACCACAAUAUCGGUCUUCAUGCUAGAGGGAAGCACUCAAAAACUGUUGAACAUUGCAACAUAUGGUAAAGAGUAUGAACAGGAUGAGAAGAGUUCGAUAAAAGUUCUGUUUCAUGGGUAUGGUCAUUACGACAUAUUGGAAGACAUAUGACGUAUCAUAUAAUAGCCGCUUGCCAUACCCGAUAAACCAAAAGAAAAGCUAAGCGUGUUGCCUGCGCGCUUGCAGGCUUUGGCCCUUAUAAUUGGUUAUUUGCAUAGAUUUCUUUGCGUUUUUGUGUAGAUUCCUUUACAUUGGUCUCAUGUCAACAUUUCACUCAAUGGGUCAAGGGCGCGAUCAUGAUCGCGAUCGGGCUUUUGAAGGCAUUUUGUUAGCAAUUUUUGGUGUCUCUUUUAUGUUAAAGGUUAAAUGGUGACUUAAAAAUAGACCUUGAUUGAGCACAACUAAAAGGGAUUGUGCUUUUUUGUGGGA